AUGAUCUCUUCAUUUUUAUUAGUAAGCCUGCCAGCUUUGCUCAUCUCUUUUGUAUCUGGAGAAGCAGAAAUAAGAUUUUCUGGACAAACUGAAUUUUUCGUUAAUGAAACAAGUACCACAGUCAUUCGUCUUGUCAUUGAGAGGCUAGGGGAGCCGGCAAACGUCACUGCGAUUGUGUCGCUGAAUGGAGAAGACACUGGUGACUUUUUUGACACGUAUGCUGCGGCGUUUAUCCCUUCUGGAGGAACAAACCGGACGGUCUACAUAGCCGUGUGUGAUGACGAUCUUCCGGAGCCCGAUGAAGCUUUCACCUUCCACUUGACGUUACAGAAACCCUCAGCAAAUGUGAAACUCGGAUGGCCAAGGACAGCGACUGUGACAAUAUUAUCAAAUGACAAUGCGUUUGGAAUUAUUUCCUUUAGUGUGCCUUCAUCAAUCUCAGUGAUUGAGCCAAGGAGCAGAAACGAGUCUGUGCCUCUUACUCUCAUCCGGGAGAAGGGGACCUAUGGGAUGGUCACUGUAACUUUUGAUGUGUCAGGUGGCCCAAAUCCCCCUGAAGAAGACUUGACUCCCGUUAGAGGAAAUAUCACCUUCCCCCCUGGCAGGGCCUCCGUAACCCACAGCUGGACAGUACUUGAUGAUGAGGUGCCAGAAAAUGAUGAAGUAUUUUUGAUUCAACUAAAAACUGUAGAAGGAGGAGCAGAGAUUAAUGCCUCUAGGAGUUCGGUUGAAAUCAUCGUGAAGAAAAAUGAUAGUCCUGUGAGAUUCGUCCAGAGUAUCUACUUGAUUCCUGAGGAUGACCACAUUCUCACCAUCCCAGUGGUUCGUGGAAAGGAUGGCGAUGGAAAUCUGAUUGGAUCUGAUGAGUCUGAAGUUUCCGUCAGUUAUAAAGUCAUGGCUGGGGAUUCAACAGCGCAUGCCCAGCCAAAUGUAGACUUCAUUGAUCUUCAGCCAAACACCACUCUUACCUUUCCCUCUUUUGUUUAUGAAUCACACUUGAAAUUUCAAAUAAUUGAUGACAGUAUACCAGAGAUAGCGGAAUCAUUUCACAUCGUGUUACUAAAGAACACCCUGCAGGGGGAUGCUGUGCUAAUGGGUCCUUCUUCCAUACAGGUCACCAUUAAGCCCAAUGACAAACCUUAUGGAGUACUUUCAUUCAACAGUAUUUUGUUUGAAAGGCCAUUUAUAAUCAAUGAAGAUAAAGCAUCCAGGUUUGAAGAAAUCACAGUGGUUAGAAAUGGUGGCACCCACGGAGAUGUUUCUGUGGGUUGGUUGCUGACACGGAACAGCACCGAUCCCUCACCAGUGACAGCAGAUAUCAGCCCCAGCUCUGGGACUCUCCAGUUCACACAAGGGCAGAUGUUGGCAUCGAUCCUUCUUACUGUCGUUGAUGAUGACCUUCCGGAGGAGGCCGAAGUGUUCCUCCUCAAAAUCCUGCCUCUCACAGCACAGGGAGGUGCUGAAGUGAGCGAACCAGCACAGCUUCUGCUUUACAUCCAGGACAGUGACGAUGUCUAUGGAGAAAUAGCCUUUCUUCCUGUGGAAGGCCAGAAGAUUGAAAGCAGUCCAACUGAACGAUGCCUGUCUCUGAGUCUUGCGAGACUAGGGGGAGCGAAAGGAGACGUGAAAGUGACUUAUUCUGCUCUCUAUAUUCCCGCUGGAGCUGUGGAUCCCUUGCGAGCAAAAGAUGGCAUCUUAAAUACAUCCAGGAGUGGAAGCCUCCUUUUUCCAGAACAGAGCAAUCAAGUCACUACAAAACUACCAAUAAGAAAUGAUGCUUUCCUCCAGAAUGAGGCCCAUUUCCUAGUGCAGUUGGAAGCUGUGUUAUUGGUGAACAUGUUUCCUCCAAUCCCACCCGUAAGUCCCAGAUUUGGGAAAAUCAGAAAUAUUUCUUUAUUGGUUACCCCAGCCAUUGCGAAUGGAGAAAUUGGCUUUCUUAGCAACCUCCCAAUCAUUUUGCAUGAACCCAAAGGUUCUGAAGCUGAGGUGUUUUAUAUCCCCCUACAUCGAGAUGGAACUGAUGGCCAGGCUACUGUCUACUGGAGUUUGAAGCCCUCUGGCUUUAAUUCAAAAGCAGUGACCAUGGAUGAUACAGGUCCUUUUAAUGGCUCUGUUGUGUUUUUAUCUGGUCAAAGUGACACAACAAUCAACAUUACCAUCAAAGGCGAUGACAUACCGGAGCUGAAUGAAACCGUUACCCUUUCCUUAGACAGGGUGAGUGAGGACAGUGAAGUCCUGAAAUCAGGAUACACUAGCCGGGACUUAAUUAUUUUGGAAAAUGAUGACCCCGGAGGUGUUUUUGAAUUUUCUUACAAUUCUAGAGGACCCUACAUCAUAAGAGAAGGAGAUGCUGUAGAGCUCCGCAUCACUCGGUCCAGGGGGUGUCUGGUGAAACAGUUCCUGCGCUAUCACAUAGAACCCAGAGAGAGCAGUGAGUUCUACGGAAACACAGGGCUGCUGGAAUUCACACCUGGGGAACGAGAAGUAGUGAUCACCUUGCUCUCAAGAUUGGAUGGCAUGCCAGAGUUGGACGAACACUACUGGGUGGUCCUCAGCAGCCACGGUGAAAGAGAGAGCAAGCUGGGAAGUGCUACGGUUGUCAACAUAACCAUUCUAAAAAACGACGAGCCUCAUGGAGUUAUAGACUUUGUUUCUGAUGGCUUGACUGUGUCAAUAAAGGAAAGCAAAGGAGAGGAUAUCUAUAGUGCUGUCUAUGGUGUAAUACGAACUCGAGGCAACUUCGGUGAAGUUAGUGUAUCAUGGAUGGUUAGUCCAGACUUCACGCAAGACGUGUUUCCUGUGCAAGGAACUGUUUAUUUCGGAGACCAGGAAUUUUCAAAAACUCUCACUGUUUACUCCCUUGUGGAUGAAAUUCCGGAGGAGAUGGAGGAAUUCACCAUCAUUCUAUUUAAUGCCACCAGUGGUGCUCAAACAGGAAAUAGAACAACUGCCUUCCUGAGGAUUUUAAGGAAUGAUGACCCCAUUUAUUUUGCAGAGCCCUAUGUCCUGAGGAUCCAGGAGGGUGACACUGCCAGCUUCACAGUGCUCAGAAAUGGAUCUGUUAAUGUAACUUGCACUGUCCAGUAUGCUACCAUGGAUGGCGAGGCUUCGGGAAGAGAGGGAGACUUUGUUCCUGUUGAACCAGGAGAAACUCUUGUAUUUGAGGCUGGGAGCAGGGAGCAGAGUAUAUCUGUAUAUGUCAAUGAUGAUGAAAUCCCUGAAACAGAUGAACCUUUUUAUGUAAUCCUUUUCAACUCGACAGGUGACACGGUAGUUUACCAGUAUGGAAUAGCCACAGUCAUAAUUGAAGCCAAUGAUGACCCACAUGGCGUGUUUUCCCUGGAGCCCAUAGACAAAGCAGUGGAAGAGGGAAAGACGAAUGCAUUUUGGAUUUUGAGGAACCGAGGACACUUUGGCAAUGUUUCUGUGAUGUGGCAGCUGUUUGAGAAUGUUUCUCUGCAGUGUGGACAGGAGUUCUAUGAGACAUCAGGGACUGUUAGCUUCAUCGAUAGAGAAGGCUCAAAACCAAUCGUUCUCCAUGCUUUCCCAGAUAGAAUUCCUGAAUUCAAUGAAUUUUAUAUCCUAAAACUUGUAAAUAUUUCAGGUGCUGGAGGUCAGCUAGCAGAAACCAACCUUCAGGUGACAGUCAUGAUUCCAUUCAAUGAUGAUCCCUUUGGAAUUUUCAUCUUAGAUCCAGAAUGUCUAGACAGAGAAGUGGCAGAAGAUGUCCUGUCUGAAGACGAUAUGUCUUACAUUACCAACUUUACCGUUUUGAGACAACAGGGCAUCUUUGGUGAUGUUCGCGUUGGCUGGGAAAUACUGUCCGGAGAGUUCCCUGCUGGUUUGCCACCAAUGCUCGACUUUUUGCUGGUGGGAAAUUUUCCUAGUACUGUGCAUUUGCAGCCACACAUGCGACGUCACCACAGUGGAACGGAUGUCCUGUACUUCAGCGGACUAGAAGGUGCAUUUGGGACUGUUGACCCAAAGUACCACCCUUCUAGGAACAACACAAUUGCCAACUUUACAUUUUCAGCUUGGGUAAUGCCUAAUGCCAACACAAAUGGAUUUCUCAUAGCAAAGGAUGACGGCAAUGGAAGCAUCUAUUAUGGGGUAAAAAUUCAAACAAACGAAUCCCAUGUAACCCUUUCCCUUCAUUACAAAACGUUUGGAUCAAAUGUUACAUAUAUUGCCAAGGCCACAGUCAUGAAAUAUUUAGAAGAAGGUGUUUGGCUUCACGUUUUAAUUAUCCUAGAUGACGGCAUAAUCGAAUUCUAUUUGGAUGGAAAUGCAGUGCCCAGAGGAAUCAAGAGUCUGAAAGGAGAAGCCAUUACUGACGGUCCUGGAAUCCUGAGAAUUGGGGCAGGCAUGAAUGGCAGUGACAGAUUCACAGGCUGGAUGCAGGAUGUGAGGACCUAUGAGCGGAAACUGACGACUGAAGAGAUUUAUGAACUCCAUGCUAUGCCUGCCAGGAAUGAUCUGCACCCCGUCUCUGGGUAUCUGGAGUUCAGACAAGGAGAAAGUGCCAAGUCGUUCAUCGUGUCUGCCAGAGACGACAGUGACGAGGAGGGAGAGGAAUUCUUUCUUCUUAAACUGGUCUCUGUCUAUGGAGGGGCUCAGAUUUCUGAGGCGAACACCACAGCUAGACUCAGAAUACAGAAAAGUGACAAUGCCAAUGGCCUGUUUGGAUUCACAGGAGCUUGUAUACCGGAGAUUACAGAGGAGGGGUCCACCGUUUCCUGUGUGAUAGAGCGAACAAGGGGCGCUUUGGAUUAUGUUCAUGUUUUCUACAGCAUCUCACAGAUCGAAUCGGAAGGCAUCAAUUACCUCGUUGACGAUUUUGCCAAUGCCAGUGGCACUAUCACCUUCCUCCCUUGGCAGAGGUCUGAGGUCCUGAAUCUAUACGUUCUUGAUGAGGACGUUCCUGAGCUUAAUGAGUAUUUUCGGGUGACAUUGGUUUCUGCAGUUCCAGGAGAUGGGAAACCUGGUUCAACUCCUCUCAGUGGUGCCAGCAUAGAUCCUGAGAAGGAAACCACAGACAUCACCAUCAAAGCUAGCGAUCACCCUUAUGGCUUGCUGCAGUUCUCCACAGGGCCGCCUCCUCAGCCUGAAGAUGCAAUGAGUCUGCCUGCCAGCAGCGUGCCACACCUCACCGUGCAGGAAGAGGAUGGCGAGAUCUGUCUACUGGUCGUUCGUGCACAAGGACUGCUUGGCAGGGUCACGGUGGAGUUUAGAACAGUGUCCUUGACAGCAUUUAGUCCAGAGGACUACCAGAGUGUUGCUGGCACAAUAGAAUUUCAACCAGGAGAAAGAUACAAAUAUAUUUUCGUCAACAUCACUGAUAAUUCCAUUCCUGAACUGGAAAAAUCUUUUAAAGUUGAGUUGUUAAACUUGGAUGGAGGAGGUAAGACGGAACUCUUUAGGGUUGAUGGCAGUGGUAGUGGAGCAGGGGACAUGGAUUUCUUCUUCUCGCCUAUUCACACGCAUGCUAGUCUAGGAGUGGCUUCCCAGAUUCUGGUGACAAUUGCUGCUUCUGACCACGCUCAUGGGGUGUUUGAAUUCAGCCCCGAGUCACUCUUUGUCAGUGGAACUGAACCAGAGGAUGGGUACAGUACUGUAGUGUUAAAUGUCACACGAACUCAGGGAGCCCUGUCGCAUGUAACUUUGCAUUGGAGCGUAGACUCUGACCUGCAUGGGGAUCUCGCUGUCACCUCUGGCAACAUCACGUUUGAGAUUGGGCAGAGAACUGCAUGCAUCACUGUGGAGAUAUUGCCAGAUGAAGAGCCAGAGCUAGACCAGGCGCUCACCGUGUCCAUCCGCAGCGUCUCCAGUGGCUCGCUGGGAGUCCUUACUAAUGCCACAUUGACAAUUUUGGCUAGUGAUGAUCCUUACGGGGUCUUCAUUUUUUCUAACAAAACUAGACCUGUUAGUGUUGAAGAAGCAACCCACAAUGUCACAUUGUCCAUAAUAAGGUUGAAAGGCCUCAUGGGAGAAGUUGUGAUCUCAUAUGCAACUAUAGACGAUAUGGAAAAACCGCCUUAUUUCCCACCUAACUUAGCUAGAGCAAGUCAAGGAGCAGACUAUAUAUCAGCUUCUGGAUUGGCUCUUUUUAGAGCUAAUCAGACUGAGGCAACAAUUACUGUUUCAAUCCUGGAUGAUGACGAACCGGAACAGUCAGAAUCUGUGUUCAUUGAACUAGUCAAUUCUACUUUAGUAGAGGGAGUACAGAAUCGCCCAAUUCAGCAUUCCCCACGCCUUGGGCCCAAGGUGGAGACUGUGGCCCAUCUCAUUAUUGUUGCCAACGAUGACGCAUUUGGAACAGUGCAGCUGUCAGCACCAGUUGUUCGUGUAACAGAAAAUCACGUGGGACCCAUUAUCAAUGUGACUCGAAGGGGAGGGGCGUUUGCAGAUGUCUCUGUUAAGUUUAAAGCUGUGCCGAUCACUGCAGUCGCUGGGGAAGAUUACAGUAUAGCUUCCUCAGAUGUUGUCUUGCUGGAAGGGGAAACCAGUAAAGCUGUGCCGAUAUAUAUCAUCAACGACAUCUACCCUGAGCUGGAGGAGGCAUUUCUCGUGCAGCUGCUCAAUGAGACCACAGGAGGCGCCCGACUGGGGGCUGUAACAGAGGCAGUCAUAACUGUGGAGGCUUCUGAUGACCCUUGGGGAUUGUUUGGUUUUCAGAAUACUAAAUUUAUUGUAGAGGAACCUGAGUUUAACUCAGUGAGGGUAAGCCUGCCAGUAAUUCGAAAUUCUGGGACACUCGGCAGUGUUACUGUCCAAUGGGUUGCCACCAUUAAUGGACAACUUGCUACUGGCGACCUGCGAGUUGUCUCAGGUAAUGUGACCUUUGCCCCUGGGGAAACCAUUCAAACCUUGUUGUUAGAGGUCCUGGCUGACGACGUUCCGGAGAUGGAAGAGGUUAUCCAAGUGCAGCUUACUAAUGCCUCUGGUGGAGGAACAGUUGGCUUAGACCGAGUGGCAAAUAUUGUUAUCUCUGCCAACGAUAACCCUUAUGGUUCAGUAGCCUUUGUGCAGUCAGUUUAUCGUGUCCAAGAGCCUCUGGAGAGAAGUUCCUCUGCUAACAUAACCGUCAGGAGAAGCGGAGGACACUUUGGCCACCUGUUGUUGUUCUACAGUACUUCUGAUAUUGAUGUAGUAGCUCUGGCAGUUGAGGAAGGUGAAGAUGUAUUGUCCUACUAUGAAUCGCCAACUCAUGAGAUGCCUGACCCACUCUGGAGAACUUGGGUGAAUGUCUCUUCAGUGGAGGAGGCACAGGACACCUGUGCCUCUCUGUGUCUCAAAGAACAUGCUUGUUCCGCGUUUUCAGUUGUCAGGACCACUGACGGUCCUCAGUGCUUCUGGAUGACGUCGUGGGUCAGCUCAACUGUGAACAGCUCAGACUUCUGGACCUACAAGAAGAACCUGACGAGGGUGGCCUCUCUUUUUAGUGGCCAGGCAGUUGCUGGGAGUGACUACAAGCCUGCGAUAAGGCAGGGGGCCCUGAUGCUCGAAGGCCAUGAGUUUGCAAAUCUCACUAUUUCCCUCCUUCCCGAUGACAUUCCAGAGAUGGAUGAAAGCUUCCUGAUUUCUCUUCUGGAAGUUCACCUUGUGAACAUCACAGACAGCUUUAAAAAUCAGCCAAGCAUAGGGCAGCCGAACACUUCUGCAGUGGUCAUAGCAUUGAAUGGCGAUGCCUUCGGAGUGUUCGUGAUCUACAGCGCUCGUCCUAACACCUCUGAAGAUGGCUCAUGUGUGGACGUGCAGGAGCAGCCACAAACCUCUGUGGAGCUGGUGAUCCAGAGGACAGGAGGCAGCUUGGGGCAGGUGACGGUGGAAUGGCGUGUUGUUGGUGGAACAGCUACUGAAGGUUUAGAUUUUAUAGGGGCUGGAGACAUUCUGACUUUUGCAGAAGGUGAAACCACAAAGACAGCCACUUUGAUGAUUUUGGAUGACCCGGAGCCAGAAGAUGACGAGAGCAUCCUUGUUCGUCUGGUGCACACUGAAGGCGGAAGUGGAAUCCUGCCAAGCGCUGACACUGUGACAGUGAACAUCCUGGCCAAUGACAAUGUGGCGGGGAUUGUCAGCUUUCAGAUGGCUUCGAGAUCCGUCAUAGGCCUUGAAGGAGAAAUGUUGCCAUUCCAUGUGAUCAGAACACCCCCUGGUCGAGGAAAUGUCACUGUUGACUGGAAAAUUGUUGGACAAAAUCUUGAAGUCAGUUUUGCUAACUUCACAGGCCAACUCUUCUUUUCUGAGGGGACAUUGAAUAAAACAAUAUUUGUACAUUUGUUGGAUGACAAUAUUCCUGAGGAGAAAGAAGUCUACCAUGUUAUUCUGUAUGAUAUCAAGACACAAGGAGUCCUGCCUGCGGGAGUCGCUCUGCUUGAUGCCCAGGGAUAUGCAGCAGUCCUGACGGUAGAAGCCAGCGAUGAGCCACAUGGCGUUUUAAACUUUGCUCUCUCCUCAAGAUUCGUUUUGUUACAAGAGGCCAACACAACGAUUCAACUCUUCAUCAACAGAGAAUUUGGAUCUCUAGGAGCUAUCAAUGUUACAUAUGCCACUGUUUCUGGAAUAUUGAGUUUGAAAAAUGAGACAUAUGGAAAUCCGGCAGAGCCAGAGACUGACUUUGUCCCUGUGAUGGGCUUUGUGGUUUUAGAAGAAGGGGAAACAACAGCAGCCAUCAACAUUACUAUUCUUGAGGAUGAUAUACCAGAGCUAAAAGAAUAUUUCUUGGUGAAUUUAACUCACGUUGAUCUCAUUAUGGCUCCUCUAACUUCAUUUCCUCCAAGACUAGACUCAGAAGGCUUGACUGCACAGAUUGUCAUUGAUGCCAAUGACGGUGCCCAAGGUAUAAUUGAGUGGCAGCGUAGCAGAUAUGAAGUGAAUGAAACCCACGGCACUGUAACAUUGGUAGCCCAGAGGACCAGAGAGGCCCUUGGCGACGUCUCACUGUUCAUGUAUGCCCAGAAUCUAGAGGCCCAGAUGGGGCUGGAUUACAUGUGCAGUCCGCAGAUUCUUCAUUUUGCUGAUGGAGAAAGGAAUAAACAUGUGGAGGUUGUGAUCCUGGACGAUGACAUUCCAGAAGGAGAUGAAAGAUUUCAGUUGAUAUUAACAAACCCUUCUCCUGGACUAGACCUGGGGAAAAAUACAAUAGCUUUGAUUACUGUCCUUGCAAAUGACGAUGGCCCUGGGGUUCUGUCCUUUAACAACACUGGGCACAUUUUCCUCAGAGAACCAACGUCUCUCUACAUUCAAGAGAGUGUUGCAGUGUUAGUCAUCAUUCGGGAGCCUGCACAAGGUCUGUUUGGAACGGUGGCAGCUCAGUUUGUUGUGACGGAAGUCAACUCUUCAGCAGAAUCGAAGGAUCUGAUUCCUUCCAAAGGCUUCAUUGUUCUAGAGGAAGGUGUUCGGUCCAAGGCUCUGCACAUCUCUGCCGUACUAGACACGGAACCGGAACUGGACGAGCAUUUUGUCUGCACCCUAUUCAAUCCAACUGGAGGUGCUAGACUAGGGGCCCAUGUCCAGACCCUGAUAACAAUUCUGCGAAACCAGGCCCCUUUGGGGCUGUUUAGUAUUGCUGCCGUUGAGAAUAGCGCUACCUCUAUAGAUGUUGAAGAAUCCAACAGGAGUGUAUACCUCAAUGUCUCACGUACGAAUGGCCUUGACUUGCCUGUGAGUGUGCAGUGGGAGACAGUGUCUGAAACAGCUUUUGGCAUGAGGGGAGUGGACGUUGUCUUUUCUGUAUUUCAAAGCUUUCAUGACCAGACUUCAUCUGGAUGGUGUUUCUUUAUUGUCGAAGAUUCAGUGUAUGGUGUAAUGUUAAGAAAAUCAUCCUUGGCUGUUUACCGAUGGCAGGGGACUUUCCUUCCAGUUGAGGAUUUCAAUAUACAAAGUCCUAAAACUUGUGAGGCCUUUAAUAUUGGUGUUUCCCCCUACCUUGUCAUUACUCACGAGGAGAGAAAUGGAGAAAAGCCUUCAAUUAAUAGUGUAUAUACAUUCACUUCUGGAUUCAAAUUAUUCCUGGUCCAGACAAUCAUUAUUCCAGGGAGCUGUCAAGUGCGGCAUUUCACCUCCGGCCAUCACGAUUAUUUCAUCAUUGCAAGCCAAAGAAAUGAUUCUGAGUUAACUCAGGUCUUCCGAUGGAAUGGAAGCAUCUUUGUCUUACAUCAGAUGUUGCCUGUCCGAGGUGUGCUGGGCAUGGCCUUGUUCAGCAGAGGAGGCGCUCUCUUCUUAGCCGUUUCCCAGGCCAACGUCCAACGAAAUGUCCUUUUAUUCACAUGGUCUGGCAAUCAGUUUACUAACUUUGCAGAAGUGUCGGUCAGUGGGAUUACACAAGUGGAGGCUUUGUCUUCAGGCGAUGAUGUUUACUUAGUUGUUGCCAAAAAUACCUUUUUAGGGAAUCAGAAUACAGCUGACAUUUUCACUUGGGAGAUGGGGCAGUCAUCUUUCAGAUAUUUCCAGUCCUUGGACUUUGCUGCUGUUAACCGGAUCCGUUCCUUCACCCCAGCUUCGGGAAUAGUCCACAUACUUCUAACUGGCCAAAACCACUCUGUUCUCUACUGCUGGAAUUCGGAGCGGAAUGCCUUCUCCUUUGUUCUGGAAGUGCCUGCUGCCCAUGAUGCAGCUUUUGUUACAGUAAAGUCGCUUAAUUCAAGCAAAGCUUUAAUCGCCUUAGCAGGAGCUGCUCACUCACACUUCUACGAGCUGGCCUACAUCUCCAGCCAGUCUGACUUUAUUCCUAGUUUAGGUGAACUGAUAUUUGAACCUGGCGACAAAGAAGCAAUAAUAGCAGUAAACAUCCUGGACGACACAGUUCCGGAAAAAGAAGAAUCCUUCAGAGUCCAACUGAAGAAUCCAAAAGGAGGAGCAGAGAUUGGCAUCAAUGGUUACGUGAGGGUCACUGUUCUCGCGAACGAUGAUGCCUACGGGGUUGUAGCAUUCGCCCAGAACUCAUUGCAUAAGCAAGUGGAGGAAAUGGAGCAAGACAGCCUGGUUACCUUGAAUGUUGAACGUUUAAAAGGAACACAUGGUCGCAUAACUGUAGCAUGGGAAGCAGUUGGAAGCAUCAGUGAUGUAUUUCCUACCUCAGGAGUGAUUUCAUUCACAGAGGACCAGGCACGGUCUACAAUUACUCUGACUGUUCUUGCGGAUGAUCUGCCGGAGCUAUCUGAGGUUGUGAUUGUGGCGCUCACUCGGAUUGUCACGGAGGGUGUUGAAGAUCCGUCAGAAGGUGCUACUGUGGAUGAGAACAGAAGCAAGUCCGUGCUAACCAUCCUGCCCAGUGACUCGCCCUAUGGCGUGGUUGGCUGGCAUACUGAUUCCCUCUUCACUAGGGUGCCAGAGCCCAAAGAGAACACCACUGUUCUCCAGCUCCGUAUCAUUCGAGACAAAGGAUUGUUUGGGGACAUCUCCAUUCACUUGAUAGCAAAACCCAACUUCUUACUGCCCACCAAUAAUCAAGCUACUGAGAAUGAAGAUUAUGCAUUGCAAGACUCAGUGAUAAUAAUGAAAGAAAACAUAAAAGAAACUCAUGCUGAAGUGGCCAUUUUGCCAGACGAGGCUGCUGAACUGGAGGAAGGGCUUGUCGUUACCAUCACCGCAGUGAACUUGGUGAACCCCGACUUCCCUGCGGAGCAGCCCCGUGUGCGGAGGCCGAGGAUGGAAAUAGUAGAGAUCAUGAUUGAAGAAAAUGAUGAUCCCAGAGGGGUCUUCACGUUCCACAUGGCAAGAGGUGUUGGUGGAGAAGUUACUGCCCAUGAACUGCCUCCACCCUUGAAUGUCCUUCACGUCCCUGUCACCCGGCUGGCCGGAAGCUUUGAGACCGUGAACGUUCACUGGAAAGCAGUACCAGGCAGUGCUAGCCCAGAAGACUUUCAGCCCUCUCAUGGGGUUCUCCAGUUUGCGGAUGGACAAGUCACUGCUCUGAUAGAAAUAACUAUAAUUGAUGAUAGUGAAUUUGAGCUCACGGAGACAUUCAGCAUCGUCUUAAUGAGUGUCACUGGCGGUGGCAGACUGGGUGAUGAUGUUGUGCUGACUGUGGCCAUACCACCAAAUGAUUCUCCAUUUGGAACGUUUGGAUUCGAAGAGAAGACUGUAAUGGUUGAUGAAUCCCUUUUGUCUGAUGAUCCGGAUUCAUAUGUGACACUGACAGUUGUCCGGUCCCCAGGAGGCAAAGGAGCUGUCUCUCUUCACUGGGCUAUAGAAGAGAAGGCCAAAGACGCUCUCAGUCCUUGGAAUGGGACACUUCGUUUUGAUGAGAAUGAGCACCAAAAGGUCAUUGCACUGCGUACCCUUCAAGACAGCAUACUGAAGGAGGACAGGCACUUCACCAUUGAGCUGACAGGAACUGAGGAGGUAGAAAUAUCUCCAACUAAAGGUAGUGCAUCGAUAAUCAUUCGAGGAGAUAACGACGCAUCAGAAGUGGGGAUUGCUUUGUCAUCUAGACACAUCAUUAUUGGGGAACCCUCAGCAACGUAUAAUGGCACUGCCUUCAUCAGCCUUGUUCGUGGCCCAGGGGUCUCUGGGGAGGUCACAGUGUACUGGAGGCUAGUUCCUCCUUCUGUGGGGGAGUUUGCCGAAACGUCAGGACAGCUGACAAUGCAGGAUGGACAGUCUGAGGCGACUGUAGUCAUUCAGGCUCUGAAUGAUGACAUCCCUGAGGAGAAGUGUUCCUAUGAGUUUCAGCUGACUGGAAUCAGUGAGGGUGGGGCACUGAAUGAAGCCAGCGUUACCGCCAGCGUCACCAUGGUGGCCAGUGAUGUCCCUUAUGGCCGGUUCUCAUUUUCACAUGAGCAGCUUCGAGUCUCAGAAGCAGCACAGAGGGUUAAUGUCACAGUUGUCCGCUCGGGUGGCUCUUUUGGACGUGUGCGAAUCUGGUUUGAGACUGGUAGCCGGACGGCCAAGGCAGACUGGGACUUUGUUCCCGCAUCAGGGGAGCUCCUCUUUGAAGCCAGAGAGAGGGCGAAAAGUCUGCAUGUUGAAAUCCUUGAUGACAACCUUCCUGAAGGCCCGGAGGAGUUUGCUCUUGCCCUUACAAAAGUGGACCUCCAAGGAAGAGGGUAUGAUUUUACCAUCCAAGAGAAUGGACUCCAGAUAGAUCAGCCUCCUGUAAUUGGGAACGUCUCCAUUGUUCAGAUCAUAAUAAUGGAAAAUGAUAAUGUGGAGGGCAUCAUUGAAUUUGAUCCGAAUUACACGGCCAUCUCAGUGGAGGAAGAUGCCCGCAUGAUCACGAUCCCAGUGCUGAGGCUCCGUGGAACUUAUGGCCACGUGUCAACUGACUUCAGGUCCCAGGGCUUCUCUGCUGUCCCAGAAGGUUACGUACUGCACGGCAGCACAGUCACCUUUCAGCAUGGGCAGAACCUAAGCUUUAUAAACGUCUCCAUCAUCAACAGCAGUGCAAGCGAAUUUGAGGAACAGUUUGAAAUUCUGCUCACUGGAGCUUCUGAUGGAGCAAUCCUUGGGCGCCACCUAGUGAGCAAAAUCACAAUUAUCAAGAGGGACUCCCCGUUUGGUGUCAUAAGAUUUCUCAACCAAAGCAAAAUUUUGAUUCCUAACCCCAACUCCACAAUGGUUUUACACUUGGUGCUGCAGCGGACUGGAGGACUCUUGGGAGAGAGUCAGGUGAGCUGGGAGAUAGUGGGGCCCAAUUCUCAGGAAGCCCUACCGCCACAGAAUGGAGACAUUGAGGAUCCUGUGAGCGGUACCGUCUCCUUCAGGGAGGGAGACGGCGGUGUGAGAACCAUCGUUGUCACCGUUUGUCCUCACGAGGAGACUGAGGCUGAAGAAACGUUCAUAGUGCAGCUUACGCCUUUGAAAGGUGCUAAGUUAGAUCCCAGAGCAAAAGCUGUCGCGAUAACCGUACAAAAGUUUGGCGAUCCGAAUGGAGUCAUUCAUUUUGCUCCUGAGUCUCUAUCUAAGAAAAUGUAUUCCGAGCCACAGUCAUCAGAUGGACCCACACCCAUUUCCUUCCUUGUCACAAGAGCCAAAGGUGUCUCUGGAGAGAUCAUGGUGCACUGGGAGCUGAGCAGCGAGUUCGAUGUCACUGGAGACUUUCUUUCUACCAGUGGGUUUUUCCCCAUUGCUGAUGGAGCGACUGAAGCCAGCUUUGAUGUCCUUUUGCUGCCAGAUGAUAUCCCCGAGAUACAGGAAGAAUAUGCCGUGCAGCUGGUUUCCGCAGAGGGCGGUGCGGAAUUGGACCUGGAGAAGUGCACCACGUGGUUCUCCGUGUCUGCAAAUGAUGACCCACAUGGCGUGUUUGCCUUGUAUUCAGAUCGUCAGUCAGUACUGGUUGGGCAGAACCUCAGCAGGUCCAUCCAGGUUAAUAUUACCCGCCUUGCCGGGAUGUUUGGUGAUGUGGCCGUUAGAUUUCAAAUACUAUCUGAUAAUGAAGAAGACCCUGUUGCUACUGACAAUGAAGAGAGACGGCUGGUGAUCAAAGAUGGCACCCCAUACAAAGUAGAUUUGGUGCCAUUGAAGAAUCAGGUCUUCCUAGCCCUGGGCUCUAAUUUCACUGUGCAGCUGGUGUCUGCGGUGCUUCUGAGUGAACCUUUCUAUGGACCGCCAACAAUUCUCCAGGAAGCAAAAUCUGUCAUCCUUCCCAUUCCCGAGGAAGCUGCCAAUUCCCAGGUUGGAUUUGAAUCCAGUGCUUUUCAACUCCUGGACAUUACAGCCGGCACAAGCCAAGUCACGGUUUCUAGGAGGGGCACAUACGGCAGGCUGUCUGUGUCCUGGACCACAGGCUAUGCCCCUGGGUCAGACAUCCCUGAGCCUGUUGUCAUCGGCAACAUGACGCCAACACUGGGGAGUCUGUCCUUUCUGCAUGGAGAGCGGAGGAAGGGAAUGGUGCUGUGGGCGUUUCCCAGCCCUGGCCGGCCAGAGGCCUUUGUCCUUCAUCUGUCAGGCCUGAGGAGCAGCACUGCAGGUGGAGCGCAGCUUCGAUCAGACUUUGCUGCUGCUGAAAUUGAACCCAUGGGAGUCUUCCAGUUUUCCCCCAGUUCACGAAACCUCUCAGUGUCGGAGGACGCACAGAGGAUCCGAGUCCAUGUGCAGAGACUGUUUGGCUUCCACGGUGAUCUGGUCACGGUCUCCUUCUCGACAAGUGCAGGCAGUGCCACGCCGCUGGAAGACUUUGCGCCCGUUCAGAAUGGCCAAGUUUCUUUUGGGAGGUUCCAAGCCGAGGCUGAUUUUGAAAUAACCAUUAUUAAUGAUCAGCUUCCUGAGAUAGAAGAAAAUUUUUACAUUAAUCUUACUUCAGUAGAAAAUAGGGGACUGAGCAAGGGUGAUGUGAAUUGGAGACCUCGUCUAAAUCUAGAUCACAGUGUGGCAGUGGUCACCAUACUGGACAAUGAUGACCUAGCUGAAGUGGGUGUUCCUGUCCCUACGACAGCCGUGAUGGUGGCACUUGAUAGCACUCUUCCUGCUUCUGAAGCUGGUUCCACCACACACCCUAGCACAAACAGGGUGCCCUCCAUUCCACACACCACUGAGAUGUCUGCCACUGGCGUAGAGACGGCAGGUGUGCCUGCCACCCCCGACAAGCUUGUGGCCACUCCAGCUGCCUUGUCAGAGAAGCCAGACUUGGCCCCGGGAACCGUUCCUGCUGCGGUCUAUGGGAUACUCAGUCUUGGACCUCCUGUCGUUCAUGUGGCGGAGGAAACGAAGAACGGCACCCUGAGCACUGCAGAAAUCCUUAUCCAGAGGACUGGUGGCUUCACAGGCAAUGUCAGCGUGACAGCAAAGACCUUUGGUGGGAGAUGUGUCCAGAAGGAGCCAAAUGUGCGGCCCUUUCAGGAUGUCUAUGCAGUUGCCAACCUAACGUGGGCCGUUGAAGAAGAAGACUUUGAAGAACAAGCGCUCACCCUUACGUUUCUAGACGGGGAAAGAGAACAUAAAAUAUUGGUUCAGAUCCUCGAUGAUGAGGAACCUGAGGGCCAGGAAUUCUUCUAUGUGUACCUCACAGACCCUCGCGGGGGAGCACAGAUUGUGAGAGGAAAGGACAACUCAGGGUUCUCAGACGUUGCUGUCAUCAUUAUCACAGGGAGUGACCUCCACAAUGGCAUCAUAGGCUUCAGUGAGGAAUCCCAAAGAGGCCUGGAACUGAGGGAAGGAGCUAGUGAGAGCAGACAGCAGCUAGCUGUCACCAGGCAGCCAAACAGGGCCUUUGAAGACGUGCAGGUCUUUUGGCGAGUCACACUUACCCAAACGGCUACCACUCUGCAGAAAGAAGGACUGAACCUAACAGCUGAACUGCGCUCUGUGGCAGGGGUCACGACUUGCGCAGUGGGUCAGACAAGGUGCUUCAUCCACCUCGAGCUCAGUCCGCAGAAGGUGCCUCACACUGAAACACAUUUUUUUGUGGAGCUGUAUGACGUCACUGCUGGGGCAGCUAUAAACAACAGUGCCAGAUUCGCUCGGAUUAGAGUUUCCAGGCCGGAUGGACCCCAGGGUCUUAUUUCCUUUUCUGUGGGAUCUCGGCUGGCAGUGGCUCAGAAGAAGGCUACUUUGAUCAGUUUGCAGGUGGCCAGAGAUUCUGGGACAGGAGUGAUGAUGUCUGUUAACUUUAGUACCCAGGAGCUGAGGAGCACUGAAACAGUCGGGCGUGUCCUCAUCUCUCCGGCUGUUUCUGGGAAGGAUUUUGUGAGAACAGAAGGCACACUGGUCUUUGAGCCUGGCCAGAGAAGUGCUACGCUGGAUGUUGUCUUAACCCCAGAGAGCGCAUCUUUCAAUGUGUUUCCAAAACGCUUCCAGGUUGUGCUCUUUGACCCAAAAGGUGGUGCCAGAAUUGACCCAGUGUAUGGGACUGCCAACGUCACUCUUGUCUCGGAUGUGGAUUCCCAAGCUAUCUGGCAGCUUGCGGAUCAGCUGCAUCAGCCUCUACAUGAAGAUGUUGUCAACAGCGUCCUGCACAACCUCAACCUGAGAGUGGCCACAGAGAGCACGGAUGAGCAGCUCAGUGCAGUGAUGCACUUACUGGAGAAGAUAACGAUGAAAGGAAAAAGUCAAGCUUUCAGUAUCAAAAGCCGAACUUUAUUAUAUGAAUUGCUUUGUGCGCUUAUUAACCCAAAGCGCAAGGACACCAGGGGAUUCAGCCACUUCGCAGAAGUGACUGAGCAUUUUGCCUUUGCUCUGCUGACUGAUGUGACCUGUGGGUCUCCUGGUGAAAAAAGCGAAACCAUCCUUAAUAGUUGCCCAUAUUUGUCAAUACUGGCUCUUCACUGGUACCCUCAGCAAAUCAAUGGACACAGGUUUGAAGGAAAAGAUGGUGAUUACAUUCAAAUUCCGGAGAGGUUAUUGGAUGUUCCUGAUGCAGAAAUGGCAGCUGGGAAAGGGGCAUGUGCAUUAGUCCAGUUUGUGGAAUACAGCAGCCAGCAGUGGUUCAUAGCAGGAAACAGCCUUCCUGCCCUGAAAGACAAGGUGUUGUCCCUCAAUAUGAAAGGUCAGAGUGUCCAAGUCCUGCCUAGCAACAAUGAAGUUCUCUACAGGAUUCAUGCAGCUGAGCCUAGAAUCGUUCCUCAUACAUCUCUCUGUCUCCUCUGGAAUCAGGCCGCAGCCAGCUGGUUGUCUGACAGCCAAUUUUGCAAAGUAGUUGAAGAUACUUUGGAGUACGUGGAAUGUUCCUGUUCACACAUGUCUGUGUAUGCCGUCUACGCCAAGACUGCCCGCUCGUCCUCAUACAAUGAAGCCUUUUUCUCUUCCGGGUUUAUUUGUAUCUCAGGUCUCUGCUUGGCUGUUGUUUCACACAUGUUCUGUGCCAGAUAUUCCAUGUUUGCAGCCAAACUGCUGACGCACAUGAUGGCAGCCAGCUUAGGAACACAGGUUGUGUUCCUGGCUUCUGCAUACGCAAGUCCCCAGCUCAGCGACGAGAGCUGUGCUGCCGUGGCCGCUGUGACACAUUACCUGUACCUAUGCCAGUUCAGCUGGAUGCUCAUUCAGUCUGUGAACUUCUGGUACGUGCUGGUGAUGAGUGACGAGCACACCGAGAGGCGAUACCUGCUCUUUUGCCUUCUGAGCUGGGGCCUUCCGUCUUUUGUGGUGAUUCUCCUCAUAGUUAUUCUGAGAGGAGUCUAUCGUCAGGAUAUGUCGCAGAUCUAUGGACUCAUCCACGGUGACUUGUGCUUCAUUCCAAAUAUCUACGCUGCUCUCUUCACGGCUGCUCUCAUUCCUCUCAUGUGCCUCGUGGUGGUAUUUGUGGUGUUCAUCCAUGCCUACCAGCUAAAGCCACAGUGGAAAGGUUAUGACGAUGUCUUCAGAGGACGAACAAAUGCAGCAGAAAUUCCUCUGAUCUUAUAUCUCUUUGCCCUGAUUUCUGUGACGUGGCUUUGGGGAGGACUGCAUAUGGCCUACAGACACUUCUGGAUGUUGGUUCUCUUUGUCAUUUUCAAUAGCCUGCAGGGACUUUAUGUUUUUGUGGUUUAUUUCAUUUUACACAACCAAACAUGUUGCCCCAUGAAGGCCAGCUACACGGUGGAAAUGAACGGUCAUCCAGGACCUAGCACAGCUUUCUUCACUCCUGGGAGCGGAAUGCCUGCAGCUGGAGAGAUGAACAAAUCUACCCAGAACCUCAUCAAUGCUAUGGAAGAGGUGCCAUCUGACUGGGAGAGAGCAUCCUUCCAGCAGACCAGCCAGGCAAGCCCUGAUUUGAAGACAAGUCCCCAGAAUGGUGCCUCAUUCCCUUCUUCUGGAGGAUAUGGGCAGGGGUCCCUGGUAGCCGAUGAAGAGUCCCAAGAAUUUGAUGAUUUGAUAUUUGCAUUAAAAACUGGUGCUGGUCUCAGUGUCAGCGACAAUGAAUCUGGACAAGGCAGCCAGGAGGGAGGUACCUUGACUGACUCCCAAAUUGUGGAACUCAGGAGGAUACCCAUUGCUGACACCCACCUCUGAGAGCCUCACUAGCACUAACCAUUAGAAAGAGGAUAAUUUUCCUAUUUGCCUUGACUUUUGUCUUAACUCUGUAAGCACUUACAGCCAUGUAGCAAUGGUGUGUAAGUCACAAUGAGUGACUUACAGAGACGUGAUCGUUAGCUGGAAUAAACAUUGCUUAAUAUUUGUGCGAUUUAAGAAUCGACUGCUAUCAUAAAAGAUCAGAUCAUUCCUAUAAAUUACAUAUAAGAAUGCAUAUAGUUCAAAAUUAUUAGUUGUUUCUUAAUCAUCCUAACUCAGCUAACAUUGUUUAAUGAAAGUACUAAUCAAUAAAAGCAAUAGAAUCCA